AUGGCCGCCAAUGUUGCCCCUCCGAGAGCUGCGGACGCAGAGAAUAGCUUGGAGAAGAUCAAGCGUCAUCUGGCUUCGGGUUCUGGCCGGAACUUGUUGCAGGGCCCACUUCUCAAGCGAUCCGAGACGCUGAGAAAAUGGAACGAGCGGUGGGUGAUCUUAGACCCGACAACAGGGAGAAUGGAAUACAAGAUUAGGAGAAAUGAGCCGACUGUCAAGGGAACCAUUCUCUUUGAUGCAAAUAGCACAAUCACCCUUUCUCCAGUGAACUUCCAUGGGAUGCAAAAGUAUGAUGGCUGCUGUUUCUAUAUUGGGACCCCACAGAAAAAAGACUACUUCCUUUGUGCAGAGACUCCUGGUGCAGCUAGAGCAUGGGUAUCAACACUACAAGCAACACAAUUGGUUUUAAAGGCCCAUAAAGAAGCUGUGAAUUCCUUGAGUGGCAAUGGUUCUGCGAAACUGGGAACGGUUGCAGCAGUAGUUGCUGCUGCCAAUUCGACAGCUCUGGAGAGUUCUAAGGAUAUUGAAGCAGCAAUGCACAUUUCUUUGAGAAAUGCUUUGGGAGUGAUAACGAAUAAGCCAACUGAUGGUCCAAUGGAUGAUUUUGCAAUUAUGAAGGAGACAUUACGUGUCAAAGAUGACGAACUACAAAAUUUGGCUAGGGACCUUCGUGCACGCGACUCAACAAUUAAAGAAAUAGCAGAAAAAUUAACUGAGACUGCUGAAGCUGCUGAGGCUGCAGCCUCUGCAGCUCAUACAAUUGAUGAACAAAGGAGAAUUGUUUGUGCAGAGAUUGAGCGCUUAAAAAAAGAUUCAGAGAAGCAGCUGGAAUCUUCCAUGUUAAAGCUAAAAGAUUCUGAAGAAAAGGCUAUGGCCUUAAGCAAAGAAAGAGACCAAUUGAUCAGGCAGAGAGAUUCUGCUCUUCAGGAGGCACACAUGUGGCGUUCUGAGCUUGCAAAAGCUAGAGAGCGUGUUGUGAUAUUAGAAGCAGCUGUUGUGAGAGCAGAGGAGAAGGUUAGGGUUGCAGAGGCAGAUGCUGAAGCUAGAAUAAAGGAGGCUGUGCAGAAAGCAUCAGCUGCGCUGAAGGACAAGCAAGAGCUCCUGGUCUAUGUGAAUAAGUUGCAAGCACAGCUUCAAAGACAUCACAUUGAUACGAAGCAAGUGUUCGAGGAGAAGUCCGAGUCUGGCAAUACACCCCUGACUAAACAUGUAGACUUGUCUGAAGAAAAUGUUGAUAAAGCAUGCCUCAGUGUUUCUAGAACAGUCCCAGUACCAGGGGAGAGUGUAGUUCACAUGGCUGGGAAUCAGGUCAACCACCGGCCAGCUGGAGAUGGUGAAUGGAGUGACAUUCAGGCUCAAGAUGCAAGGAUAGCUGAUGUAAGAGAAAUUGCCCCCGAGUCAGAAGCAAGUAGCUUGGAUAUUCCUGUUGUUAGCCAACCAGUUGGUAACCAACAUGAACAAGGAGGGAACUCUUUUCAUCAGCCUUGA